CGCGUUGCUCUCAAAUUACUGUGGCGUAACGGUUAUUUAAAGUGUGGCUGGUGCGCCCGCCGGGUGUUGCGAAAAUCCGUGCCGAAUCUCAAUCGUGGCCAUUCGAUCCCCUAGGUACAGCGCAGCAUCCACACCCGCUUUGGCGACAGCUUGUCCUGAACCAGCUGCUCUGCACGCGACAACAUCCCACAACACAACCACCAUGAGACUCCCGACAUUGCUCGCCGGCAUUAUCGCCUGCUUGGUGACCGACGUUACCGCGACCGCCCUCACCUACAAGCUUUCCGCCAACGAGAAGGCUUGCUUUUACACCACUACGAAAAAGGAGGCUGAGAAGAUCGCAUUCUACUUUGCUGUUCAAUCUGGUGGUUCUUUCGAUGUCGACUACAUUGUCGAGGGUCCCAAUGGCAAGGUUAUCAUGGAUGGCCAGAAGGAGCGACAAGGCGACUUUGUCUUCUCUGCCAACACCAUCGGCGAAUACUCGUUCUGCUUCGACAACGAGAUGAGUACUUUCGCCGAGAAGUUCGUCGACUUCGAGAUUGCGGUCGAGAACGAGCAACGAGCCCAGCUGCCUUCUAAGCAGGGCACCACCCCCGAGCAGACCUCGGUCCUGGAGGAGUCUAUUUUCAAGGUCUCUGGACAGCUCUCCACCAUUUCCCGAAACCAGAAGUACUUCCGAACUCGCGAGAACCGUAACUUCGCCACCGUCAACAGCACUGAGGCCCGAAUCGUCAACUUCAGCUUGAUCCAGAUCGGCCUCAUUGUCUGUAUGGGUGCGCUGCAGGUGUUUGUUGUCAGGUUCUUCUUCCAGGGAGCGCGCAAGGGCUACGUGUAAAUAUGUCCGUUUAUUCCAAGCUGGAUCUGGAUUCUACGAGGCGCAGGUUGAAAAGGAGGUUGGCACUGGGAACGUUAUGUAUAAUCAAUGGAAGCAUGGCCUGUGGCUGGCUGACGGCCUUUCGUGGAUUUGUCCUCAGGUAACCGGGAGCUGUGCAUUGUCGUGAGCGAAGCCGGGAUGAUGUUGUCAUGAUGUGCUUUUACAAAUAGAAAGCCGCGGUUGUUUGUAAUAACUUGUGUUAUCCAUGCGAUCGGCGAGGCAACCGUGAUUAAUCCGAAUCUUAUAACGAAACCAAAUCCCAAGUCG